UGAUUCAACACAAUUCUACACAUUAUUGUUAUUCAAUAUAUCCUCAACCAAUCUUCUUCUACAACACACCACAUCUUCACGGAUUAUCCACCUACUAAUUUCACUCGCAUAUUACUCAAAAACUCUUGGCAUUCACCACAGGUUGCUCCAAUUUUAGGUUUCAAACAAGUUAGGAUUUUGACUCCUCUGUUUUCGGAUUUGGAUAGAAAGAAUCAAAGGCACGUUUUUUUGAACAUGCAGCACUCCCAGUGUGUUUCUGGAAUCGGGAGUGGAACCACGCAGAUUUCUGACGCCAAAAUUCCGCAUGUGCUCACUGUCGCCGGCUCUGAUUCAGGGGCCGGUGCCGGAAUCCAAGCGGACCUUAAAGCUUGCGCCUCCCGCCAUGUCUUCUGUUCAACUGUCAUAACGGCUGUUACUGCACAAAACACUGUUGGAGUCCAGGGAGUGGAGAUAUUGCCUGAUGAUGUUGUGGCUGAGCAAUUGAAGUCUGUGCUCUCUGAUAUGCAUGUUGACGUGGUCAAAACUGGAAUGUUGCCUUCCCUUGGUGUAGUGAAGGUCCUAUGUCAGAGCCUUCGGAAAUUUCCAGUGAGAGCUAUUGUGGUUGAUCCUGUCAUGGUAUCUACCAGUGCAGAUGUACUUGUUGGUCCUUCUGUUCUUGCUGGAUUUCGGGAGGAACUCUUUCCCAUGGCUGAUAUUGUAACCCCAAAUAUAAAGGAGGCAUCAGUCUUACUUGGUGAUGUGCCAUUGAAAUCAGUUUCUGAUAUGCGUAGAGCUGCAAAACUGAUACAUGAUAUGGGUCCGAGGAAUGUACUCAUCAAAGGUGGUGAUCUUCAUGCUUCAUUAGAUGCUACUGAUGUUUUCUUUGAUGGUGAGGAAUUCUAUGAGCUGUGUUCAUCGCGUGUAAAAACCUGCAAUACACACGGUACUGGUUGUACUUUGGCAUCAUGCAUAGCAGCAGAGCUGGCUAAAGGAUCGUCAAUGUUGUCAGCAGUUAAGGUAGCUAAACGUUUUAUUGAGACUGCCUUGGAUUACAGUAAAGACUUGGUCAUUGGAAAUGGACCCCAAGGACCUUUUGACCCUCUUUUAGCACUUAAGAACAUCAAUCAAAGUUCUUAUAGGCAGGAGAGGUUGUUUAAUCCAAAUGAUUUGUUAGUAUAUGCUGUAACGGAUUCAAACAUGAAUAAGAAGUGGGGUCGCUCCAUUGCUGAAGCCGUUAAAGCUGCUGUAGAAGGAGGUGCUACCAUCAUUCAAUUAAGGGAAAAGGAUGCUGAGACAAGGGAGUUUAUUGAGUCAGCCAAAGCAUGUCUUAAAAUAUGUCAUUCCUAUGGAGUACCUCUACUUAUAAAUGAUCGCAUAGAUGUGGCCCUUGCUUGUGAUGCUGAUGGUGUUCAUGUUGGUCAAUCUGAUAUGCCUGCACGUCUUGCUAGAAGGCUCCUAGGCCCUGAAAAGAUUAUCGGAGUAUCAUGCAAGACACCAGAGCAGGCCGAACAAGCAUGGAUCAAUGGUGCUGAUUACAUUGGUUGUGGUGGUGUAUAUCCCACCAGCACAAAGGCAAACAACCGCACCAUAGGCUUGGAUGGAUUGAUGGAGGUAUGUAAGGCCUCUAAACUUCCUGUGGUGGCAAUUGGUGGCAUUGGUCUUUCAAAUGCUCAUGAUGUCAUGGAACUUGGUCUACCAAAUCUUAAAGGUGUUGCUGUUGUUUCGGCUUUAUUCGAUAGAGAAUGCAUUUUAACCGAGACAAGGAACUUGCACUCAGUGGUAAGUGGGGCAGCAUUGUGGGUAAAAUGAAGACAUACGGCAUUUUGUAUAAAAGGAUUAGUUAGAAUAGGGCCGAGUUGCUUUCACCUAUAAUGGAACUAAAUAGCUGCAGAAUCUUUAUAGCUCAGGCUAAAUUUGUAAAUGCAGAUUUCAAAAAUAAUGAAAUGCAUUAUGAAAGCAUAGUGGGCCAACACAAUAUAUAUAUUUGCAGGUACAUUAAUUGUCCUUGUUACUUGUUAGAUGUCCAUGCCAUUAUAGGUUGA